AUGAGCCAAAUCAGUAAGGGACGGAGUCGCAGCUCGAGGAAAGGUAACAUUGCUUUAUUAUCUAAGGCAUUUACAUCAGCGUGUCUGGGCUGCGACCAGCCGGACUCUGCGGAGGAUAUGGUACAAUGCGAUCGGUGUGAUACAUGGUGGCAUUUCACCUGCGCUAAUGUGGAUGCAUCGAUCAAAGAUCAAAAGUGGAUGUGCAGUAAGUGCCUGUCAGAGAGUUUUAAUUCUAGAGUUGGCGGAUCAAGUACAUCUAGUUCCCGGGCGAGAAAGGCCAGAAUCGAACUGGAGCUUCGUCGUUUAGAGGAAGAGAAAUCUCUGGCAGAUCGGUUACAGAUGGAAAAGUACGAGCAGGAAAAAGUAGCUAGAGAACGAGAAAAUAUACGUCUAGAAGCGGCUUUCGAGGAAAUGAAAGCAAGAGAAGAAGAGUAUCUCCGGAAAAAGUUUUCUCUGGAGGAAGCAAUCUUAGAUGAAGAAGACGGUAAAAGUGAACGGAGUCGCUGUAGUAUUCAAAGUAGCAGGAGCAAAGUUCAAGACUGGAUGAAUGCACAAAAACAAAGUGCCGGUGUCAGUUCGAGAGUUAAAGAGUCUCAGAUGGCAGCCACGCAGUUUGAUGAUUCGUCUGUCAAUAGAACGAUGUUGUCAGUUGACAUUGGUAAGGGUACAGUACACAAAACACCGUUAGCUUCGAAUGAUUGUAUAGUUCAGCAAACAAGUAAUUGUCAUGAAAAGACAGUGCUGGAUACAGGAGCGGUAGACACCGGAAAAUCUACAGCAAAUGGUCAAUCCAGCCUCACUGUGCCUGUUUUUCAGUCAUCGUUACGAUUUCCAAUCCUUCCAUUAUCUUCUGCGGAUCACAGUAACCAAGUUCAACGACCUGAAUGUGAACCAAAACGUAACCAGGUGUCAUCUCGUUUCCCUUCAUUAUCACGAUUUUCAACGCUACCGCUGCCUCCUGCAACUCGCAGUACUCAAGAACAACGUUCUCAACAGACACAUUUCCAGUCAUCAUCGCGUAUUCCUUCAACGUUGCAACCUACGUUUCCACGAUUGCCUUCUGCAUUUGGCAAUAAUCAAGAACAACGAUUUCAACAGCCACAUUUGCAGUUAUCAACACGUAUUCUUCCAAAGUCACGACUUCCGUUGCCACCAUCGCCUGGUGCAUUUCACAAUAGCGUGGAUCAUCGUAGUCGUUCUCACGAUAUGCUAGUAGACAAUAAUCAAAGAUUAGAGGAAGUGAACAGAACUCCUACAGCACAGCAACUGGCCGCGCGUCAUGUGAUUCCAAAAGAAUUACCAUAUUUUUCAGGAAACCCUGCUGAAUGGCAAAUGUUUAUUAGUGCAUAUGACAAUUCUACGAUGUUGUGCGGGUAUACCGAUGGGGAAAACUUAAUGCGUUUGCAACGGUGUCUCAAGGGAAACGCCUUGGAAGCGGUUCGAAGCUACCUUUUGAUGCCCGCUUCAGUUCCGUAUGUAUUGUCAACGUUGCGCACUCUCUACGGACGACCAGAGUUAGUCGUACAUUGCCUAUUAUCUAAAGUUCGUUCAGUGCCACCACCUAAGGCUGACAGAUUGGAAUCGCUCAUAAGUUUCGGAUUAAUAAUUCAGAAUCUAUGCGGCCAUCUCAGAGCUACUCAGCAAGAAGCACAAUUGCAAAAUCCCAUGUUGUUACAGGAGCUAGUCGAUAAAUUACCAGCAAAUAUAAAAUUGGAUUGGGCUCUGUACAAACAGCAUGUUUCAGUAGUUGACCUAGGCACGUUUGGAGACUACAUGUCGGCUCUUGUAUCGGCUGCAAGUGAUGUGACUACUCCGGCAGGAUGGGAGACCCCAAAAAUCUCGAUAGAUAGACAGAAGUCAAAGAACUUCUUGAAUGCACAUUCUUUAGACAACGGGAAAUCAAUUAGUGAUAGUCAUAAGGCAAGUUUUUCAUCACAUAACUGUCUAAUAUGCGAAAAAUCGGGUCACAAGGCAAGAGAAUGUACAGUGCUAAAGGGCAUGACAAUAAACGAGAGGUGGAAUAAGGUGGAAGAAAAACGUUUAUGUAGUCGCUGUUUAACACCGCAUGGCCGAUGGCCGUGUAGAUCAAAGCAUGUAUGCAAUAUAGACGGAUGCGAAGAGCAUCAUCAUCAGCUAUUACACCCAGCGAGAACAGAUACUUCAGUGUCCGAUUGCUCAUCACCGUUUUCGAAAGCAACUGUUGGUGCACACAGACACGAUCAACGCUCGAUACUUUUUAAAAUCGUGCCAGUGAUGCUUCAUGGAAAGAACACGUCGAUUAGAACGUAUGCCUUUCUGGACGACGGUUCUGACUUAACCCUACUAGAUUCAGACCUGGCCAAGGAGCUAGGUUUACAAGGAGAACGUGAUCCUUUGUGCCUUUCGUGGACUGCAAAUGUUUCCCGCGAGGAAUCAGAUUCGCUGAGAAUUGCAGAAAUAGAGAUAUCGAAACCGGCUAACUGUGACAAAAGAUAUCGAAUGACAAAUGUUCGAACAGUGAAAAGUUUGGAACUACCAACACAAUCAUUGGACUUCGAUGAUCUAGCGGAAAAGUUCACAUACCUUCGGGGACUGCCAGUUGAAAGUUACAAUUCUGCAGUUCCCAGAAUUCUUAUAGGCUUGGACCAUUCGAACAUUGUUCUCACACAGAAAAAGCGCGAACGACGAUUCGAUGAGCCAGUGGCUGCAAAGACACGACUAGGUUGGACGGUAUUCGGAAGAAUGGGUGAGGGUCCAAAUACAAAUACCUCUCUACACAUUUGUGCAUGCUCGAAAGAUCGCGAACUCCACGAUCUUGUUCGAGGAUUUCUAGAAACGGAAACUUUGGGAGUUGGAACUAUACCGCCACCAGAGUCCGAAGAAGAUCAACGAGCUAAACAUAUAUUACGUGAAACAACGACGCGUACAGUUGACGGUCGCUUUGAAUCUGGACUGCUUUGGAAGCAUGAGAUCGUAGAGUUUCCGAACAGCUUUCCCAUGGCCGAGCGAAGGUUAAAAUGCUUGGAACGAAAAUUACAUUCGAAUCCAGACCUGUUUGAAAAUGUCAGUAAGCAAAUCCUCGAAUUUCAGGAGAAAGGCUACGCUCAUAAAGCCAGCGAGAAAGAAUUGUUAACUUCGGAUCCAAAAAGGGUAUGGUACCUACCAUUGGGAGCUGUAGUACAUCCUAAGAAACCAAAUAAAGUACGCGUGAUUUGGGACGCGGCCGCAGAGGUUGCUGGAAUUUCGUUCAACUCCAUGAUGCUUAAAGGCCCAGAUUUGCUGACACCUCUAGCUACAGUACUCAGCCGCUUCCGUCAACGCCAAUUUGCGGUGACAGGUGACAUCAAAGAGAUGUUUCACCAAGUACAAAUCCGUUCGGAUGAUCGUCAGGCGCAGCGUUUUCUUUGGCGGAAUAACCAGAAUGAUAAACCUGAAAUCUACGUGAUGGAUGUUGCCACCUUCGGAUCUACUUGUUCGCCAUGUACCGCACAGUAUGUGAAAAAUAGGAAUGCAACAGACUACGAGAAAGAGUACCCCGAGGCCGCCGUAGCAAUCCGCGAGAAUCACUACGUGGACGACUUCCUAGACAGUCGUGAUACUGAGGAGGAGAUGGUAAAAAUAGCACUAGACGUCAAGCAGGUACAUUCCAAGGGAGGAUUCAACAUAAGGAACUGGCUUUCGAAUUCUGAAUACGUCCUGCGACGGCUUGGAGAAAAAAACGACGAUGAUGUUAAAAGUUUUUUGAUCGACAAAAGCAGUACAGCAGAACGAGUUCUAGGGUUGGUGUGGCGACCUACAGACGACGUGCUAUCAUUCCAAGUUGCUCUAAGAGACGAUCUGCAAGUGUUAAUCGAUGCAAAAGCAGUCCCAACAAAACGACAAGUACUUCAAAUUGUCAUGAGCUUUUUCGACCCACUGGGAUUUAUAUCCGCAUUCGUGAUCCAUGGUAAGAUUAUUAUUCAGGAGAUCUGGAAGACUGGUAUCGGUUGGGACGAUCCAAUUACGUCUGAGAUAGCGCAGGAUUGGUUUCGAUGGAUAAGUUUCUUCGAUCAAUUACAGAUGGUCAAGGUUCCCAGAUGCUAUUUCCCAAAUUACUCACCUGAAAGUUACGAUACUUUACAACUUCACGUUUUUGUAGAUGCGAGCGAAUCUGCUUAUUGCUGUGUCGCAUAUUUUCGGAUAGUUGAGUAUGGUAAGCCAAGACUUGCUUUGGUUGCUUCAAAAGCCAAAGUUGCUCCGCUGAAACCCGUUUCUGUUCCCCGAAUGGAACUACAAGCGGCAGUCCUGGGGGUUCGUUUGGCAAAGACGAUCGGAAAAAGUCACAGUUUAAGGAUAACCCAGCGUUUCUUCUGGACAGACUCAAUGACAGUCUUAGCGUGGUUGCGAGGAGACCCACGACGGUACCGUCAAUACGUGAUGUUUAGAGCUGGCGAGAUUCUCUCUGAGACUUCUUUGAGUGAAUGGAGGUGGUUGCCGACCAAAUUGAAUGUAGCUGAUGUUGGAACAAAAUGGGGAACUGGUCCAUCCUUCGACCCAAAUAAUAGAUGGUAUGCUAGCUCUGAAUUCCUUUUUGAAAAUAGCGUCGAGAACUGGCCUCGGCACGAUAGACCCAUAGCUCCUGCCGUAGAAGAAUUACGUUCAAAUCAAGCACACUUUACUCUUAUUCAUGCAACCGGUCAUCACAGGCUUAUCGAAUUACGCCGUUUUUCUAAAUGGGAACGUCUAGUUCGUACCGUUGGCUAUGUGUAUCAUUUUAUUAAUUGCAGUCGUCAACGAGUGAGAGGAAUGCUAACUUCCGAAGAGUUACAACAGGCGGAGAAAACGAUAUGGAAGACCAUUCAAGUCGAAGAAUAUCCUGAUGAAAUGAGAAUUCUUGAAUGGAAUAAAGACCACGAUUCAACUGACCGAAUUGAGAUUGAAAGUAACAGUCCUAUUUCGGCUCUCUCUGCCAUAGUCGACGAGUCAGGAGUUAUGAGGUUAGAAUCUCGCUUAGCGCAAGCAGAAUUCCUUCCUUACGAUACUAGAUUUCCAAUUAUUUUACCUAGAAAACAUCUAGCGACCGAACUAAUUGUUGACUGGUACCAUCGUAAAUUUGCUCACGCUAACGGAGAAACAGUGGUAAACGAAGUUCGUCAGAAAUUUUUCAUUUUCCAACUAAGAAGAUUAGUAAAAGGUGUGGCACGAAAGUGCAUGUUGUGCCGGGUGAACAACGCGAAGCCUCAGACUCCACGAAUGGCUCCUCUUCCAGAUGUACGUUUAAAACCAUUUGUUCGACCGUUCACGCAUGUUGGCAUAGAUUAUUGUGGCCCAUUUUUAAUAAAGGUUGGAAGAAGUCAAGUGAAACGCUGGAUAGCACUAUUUACUUGCAUGACCGUGCGAGCGGUGCAUUUAGAAGUGGCACACAGUCUCUCCACUGAAUCCUUCAAACUAGCUUUACGGCGAUUCAUCUCACGAAGAGGUUCACCAUUGGAAAUUUUUAGUGACAAUGGUACAAAUUUUCGAGGAGCUUGCAACGAACUGACUCUCGAGAUUCAAGCAAUAAAUCGGGACCUUGCCGGAACGUUUACUAACGCCAAUACGAAAUGGCACUUUAAUCCUCCAGCCGCCCCUCAUAUGGGUGGAAGCUGGGAGAGAUUAGUACGAUCAGUGAAAACGGCAUUAGCAUCACUAGGUUUCCCUAAGUCCGUUAACGAAGAGACGUUCUUAACAUUGGUUGCAGAAUCUGAAUCAAUCGUAAACACUCGACCGCUGACCUAUGUGCCGUUGGAUACUUCAGAGCAGGAAGCUAUCACACCAAACCAUUUUCUUCUGUUGAGUUCGAACGGAGUGGGGCAUGCCAUUAAAGAAACUGUCGAUUCGAGGUCUGCUCUGAGAUGUAAUUGGAAUUUGAUGCAAAAUCUCCUUGGGCAAUUCUGGACACGCUGGGUCAUGGAGUAUUUGCCAACAUUAACUCGUCGAACUAAAUGGUUUAAGGACACGAAGCAGAUAGAGGUCGGAGACCUUGUUAUCAUAGUCGAUGAAAAGAUAAGAAACAGCUGGAAGCGAGGACGCGUAGUGAAGACUCUACACGGACGUGAUAAUCGGGUGCGUCAGGCCUACGUACAAACUAGUUCAGGUGUUAUACGCAGACCGGUCACUAGAUUGGCCGUUCUAGAUGUGCUGGAUAGUGGUAAAGCUGAAGAAAAUUCGACGCUUUACGGGUCGGGGAAUGUUAGCGUACAGUGUAGCAAUGUACUCGAAGUCCCUCGGAAGUUAUCUGACAGCGGCAUACUGACGAGACACACGGCGGGUGCACUUGACGGUACGACUGGAUGCGAAGAAGAAAACAAAGUAAAAUUGUCAAACGGAAAGAUAAAAAACCGUGAAAAUUUGUUCGAUUAG